CUUUCUCGUGUCCUAACAGAUCCCGCAAAUAUCAUACGCGUCGACGAGUGUAGACCUGUCGGAUAAGAGCCGGUUUGGGUACUUUAGCCGAACGGUACCGCCGGACAACUUUCAGGCGCAGGCAAUGGUCGACAUCAUAAAGCUAUUCAACUGGACGUAUGUGUCGACCAUCGCAUCGGAGGGCGAUUACGGCGAGAAAGGGAUCGAACACUUCAAGAUUCUGGCCAAUAAAGCGGACAUUUGUAUCGCAGAAUCGGCAAAGAUCUUGAGGAAUGCCAAGCAUUCGGACUUCUUGAGGAUUAUUGAACAGCUGUCGAGCAAAGCCAACGCCAGAGUUGUGGUGAUGUUUGUGGACGAAGAUAAUUGUCGUCGACUGUUGAGCGCUUCCCGCGAGAUGGGAAAAGCUGGCUAUUUUCUAUGGCUGGGCAGUGACUCCUGGGGUCGAAAGAUACAUCCCGUCAAAGGUCAAGAAGAGUCUGCGGGCGGAGCCAUAACUAUAUUACCCAAACGAAAGCCCCUCAUAGGUAUGUACUCUAUA